AUGAGGGCGCUACUUAACCACGUCAGUGUGGUACUGACUGGGGACUCAAUUCUAUCCCGAAUACUGACUAAGAAUAUAGAAAAAAAUAACUCAAAUACUGGAUUCAAUGCUACACCGGAUACUGGUAAAAGAAACAAUUCUACGCCGGAUACUGGUAAAGGACACAAUGCUACACCGGAUACUGGUAAAGGACACAAUUCUACACCGGAUACUGGUAAAGGACACAAUUCUACACCGGAUACUGGUAAAGGACACAAUUCUACACCGGAUACUGGUAAAGGACACAAUUCUACACCGGAUACUGGUAAAGGACACGAUUCUACACCGGAUACUGGUAAAGGACACAAUGCUACACCGGAUACUGGUAAAGGACACAAUUCUACACCGGAUACUGGUAAAGGACACAAUUCUACACCGGAUACUGGUAAAGGACACAAUUCUACACCGGAUACUGGUAAAGGACACAAUGCUACACCGGAUACUGGUAAAGGACACAAUGCUACACCGGAUACUGGUUACGGACACAAUGCUUCACUGGAUAUUGGUUACGGACACAAUGCUACACCGGAUACUGGUUACGGACACAAUGCUACACCGGAUACUGGUUACGGACACGAUGCUACACCGGAUACUGGUUACGGACACAAUGCUACACCGGAUACUGGUUACGGACACAAUGCUACAUUUCAUGCUAAUUAA